AUGUUGCCGAAAAUCUUGUUAAUGGGUCAGUUAUACUGGGCGAAGAAGGAUGCGGAGGAGUUAUUUCGCGGGGUUGCGGAAGUUGUGCCAGAUAUCGGAGUGUCAAAUACUCCUGGAGCUGUUGAUGAAGCUACCGCGACUACCGCCGUGUUCCUCCUCAUCGCAACACUUCGGAGGUUCAGCUGGUGCGAGGCAAACCUACGAGCUGGUGGUUUCAAUCCUAAAGGUGUAGAGGAAAGCGCCAGAGACCUCAGCGGGAAGACAGUCGGUAUACUCGGUAUGGGAGGAAUAGGCAAGAAAAUGGCCGACUACAUUCGUCCUUUUGAGUGCAAGAUCGUAUAUCACAACAGAAAGGAGAACCAUCUCGCUCCAGCAGACGUCAAGUACAUCCCGGAUUUAUACGAUAUGCUCGCGCAAGUGGAUGUGCUGAUGGUCAGCAUCCCUCUAAACGAGAAGACCAGAGGAUUUAUCGGUGAAAAGGAGAUCAGAACGAUGAAGAAAGGCAGUAUCAUCGUCAAUACGGCCAGAGGACCUAUCUUGGACGAAGAGGCGAUGAUCAGGGCUUUGCAAGAUGGACACCAUAUCACCUUGCUUCCUCACGUGGGUACUGAGAACCAAGACGCAAGGAGGAAGAUGGAGAGAACUGCGCUGGUGAAUCUGAGAGAGUUUAUAUUGGACGGGACUGGUCCAAACCUUGUACCGGAGUGUCAGUAG